AUGGGCGUCCGUCCCGUUCUGGAUAGGUUUUCUGCUCCGGCAAGAGUCCAACGGCUCGGCGUAUUCGCCAUAGUGACUCUUCUAAUUGUUCUCUUUUUCCAAAACACAUUGUUGGCCGACAACUCGGUAAUCCACCGCCACAAAAAAGUCGACCGAUCGAGGUCCGACUACUACCUACAAUGGGGACCUUUCGAGCCGUUACCGAUACCGGGAUUCGUGAACACUGGACUGCCUGGGAAGAGGUCGUGCGAUACUCUGAAAUACAACUCGACCGUAGGGGUGCAGAAGAGCUUCUUCCUCGACGAUGACAUCAAGCAAAUCGCCCUGACCCUCGACUCUCACCCGAUGGUCGACUACCCCGACGACAUGAUGAACGACCCCAAGAUGGAAGCAAAUGAUAUCAUUGACAAGACGUGGGCUCGCAUGUCUGGAUCUAGUGUGUGGCUGCCGGAACAGAAGGUAUUCUUGUCCGUGACUCGGGUCAUCUUCUGCCCUUCGAGGACGCGCUCAGUGCCCAAGAUGAGCUUUCUGCGAGGCCAACUCUACAAUCAAGACUGGGAACAUUUGGAUAAUCAUACCAUCACCUGGGAUGGACAGCCAUUUACAUUCCCCCUGGUCUUCGACAUCCCGGCGCAAUGGGAAGAAGACGGAAGCUUGUAUGGGCCAGAGGACCCCCGGAUUAUUUUGGAGGACAACGUCGAAGGUGCGGAGCCAGUUGUCAUCUUCAACAUGAUCGCGAAACGAACAGGGUGGAACAGAGCAAUGUACAUUUUUCGACCUUUCUCCAACUACUCGACCGUCCUCACUAUCAAAGACACCGACCGACAACAGACUGAAAAGAACUGGGCACCAUUUUUCAUCCCAAACGAGCAACAACACAAACCAGGUGGCAAGAACCCCUCGAAAGCGGUUGCUCCUGUUCGUCAACCCAGCGAAUACAUCCAUUUUGUUUACAGCUUCAAACCUUUGCGGAUCUUGAAGUGCCACCUCCGUUGUGGUGACUGCGAGUUCGAGUACGAGCAAGAGGUGCCCGACAACUUCAUGACUAAACAUAAUGAAGAAGGCGGCAGUUUGCGCGGCGGUACCAACUUCGUCCCAGUGCCCCUCCCAUCGAGCAUGAACAUCGACCCUCGAGUCAGAGUAUACGCCGCCUUCCCCCGAACCAACAUCGAGAAGCACUGUGACGGUAGUUUUUAUCGUCCAGAAUUUGUGGUGAUGGUCAACAUUGGCACACAGUUCCAUCUCGCCUUUGCUUCUGAGUCGCUUGACUUUGGCACGUCGAUACUCGACCUGGGACCCGAGGAUGACCGCUGCGACAAAGGGCGCAUUCUCAUCCCCAACAGCGUCGCUCAGUGGGAUACGAGCAAUGGCCAUGAUGUGAUGAGUGUGACCUUUAGUGUCAACGAUGAGACUGUUCAGGUCGCCCGCGUCCAAGGGCUAUUGGCGUUUGUCCGUAAUCUACCUCAAUUCAAGAAGCUACUGAAGAAGGAUGGUCUCUUGAAGGACGCUGAUUCCGAUCUGAUGAGCACCUUGUCUUCAUGGGUCGGGGACGAUGUGCGUGGCUGUCUCGUGGAGUCUGCUCUCAACUACGCCGCUUCACCACAGGAACAACCGAAAGAAGGAUCGGAAGUGAUGGACGUGACCAAGGAGCUGAUGCUGAAGCUCAAGCAGGAAGCCGACAGUGCUCCCAAGCCAAAGGAGGAAGAGGUCUACCAUCACGGUUAUGAACCAGGACUUAUAUAUUUGGAACAUCCUGCUGACGAUGCCGGCGAUCCACAACCUUUCAGCUUCGAGAUGCUGGGCGAGUUUUCGGAUGUCGAAGGUCUGUCGAUUGAGGGGUUAGACGACGACGCCGCCAAAGUUGAUGAUAAGAAAGAGAAAGACGACAAAGAAGGAAAGAAGGAGGAGGGAAAGAAAGAAGACGGAAAUAAGGAUGGCACGGUAGAAGAUGGGAAAAAAGAUGAAAAGAUCGAAGACGAGAAGAAAGAUGGUCAGGUGGAAGACGUAAAGAAAGAUGGAAAGGCAGAAGAUGUGAAGAAAGAUGCGAUUUUAGAAGAUAAAACGAAAGAUGGAAAAGGGGAAGACGAAAAGAAAGAAGAGGGAAAAAAGAACGAGAAGGAGGUUACAUGGGAACCGGAUAUGGAAAAGGUAGAGCAAGGCGAGGAGGACAAGAAACAAGGUGCUCAAGGAGAAGACAAAAAGGAGGAAGGAAAGACACCACCAAACAACCCGAAGAUCGAGCCCAAACCACAGCAGGCUCAUCACCGAUAUCAUAACCAUCAAAACCAUCGCAGAAUGUGGCCAUGA